AUGAGCUCUACAUCCUCUGUGCGGGCCUCUUCUCUUCGCAAAAAUGGAUAUAUCGUUAUCAAUGGUCGCCCCGGCAAAAUCUACGAAAUAUCCAUGUCAAAUGAGAAGUGCCACUUUGAGGCAAUAGACAUUUUUACCGACAAGAAGCUUGACACUCUUGUGGCAAAAGAAGAGAACGUGGAUGUUCCAGAAGUUUCGAGCAAUGAGUAUCAAUUUUCACAUAUCGAGGGCGGAAUGCUUCAUUUGAUUUGUAUGGACGGCGCCGAAAAGAAUGAUGUACCUGUUCCAGAUGGUGAUGUGGGGGGUAAGAUUCGCGCACAUGAAGACGCUGGCAUCGACACCUUGAUUACUGUAAUAUCGGCAAUGGGUGAAAAAAGGGCAACUGCUGUCAAAGAGGCACAGAGAGGAUAA